AUGACAAUGACAGACCAACAAGGCACAAGAACUGCCCCAUACUACUCCAUCCCCCCUCGUCACAUCGUCAGCAUCGAGCACCCAGCCAUCAUCAAGAACAUCGACAGGGCCCUCGAGACGCUCGAAGGCAAUGCAGGAAUCUCCAAGAUCCUUAACCCCCCCAAGGCCGAUGCCCCAGCGCAUCUCCUCCUGCGGCCCGAAGACGCCAUGUCUCGGCCCCUCAAGUCGACCAGCUCUGCGGCCAACAACAUCCUACUCAAGGUGACUGUUCCCAGACGCACGGGGCGGAAACGCAAGAGGGGCUCGGACGAGCCAUUCACCGGGAUUCCUGUAGCGACUGCCAGUGGCGACUGCGAGCCCUGGCGGCGGAGUGCGAAGCAGAUCCUCCAGAGCCUGCGUGAUAACGCGGGGAGGUAUGCGGUUGAGCCGGUUGGGAUGGUGAAGCGGACACAUGUUUUUCGAGGGAUGCCGGAUUUUGUCUACUCGACUGCUGGGAGCGCGUUCAGUAAUCGGUUUCGGGAGCAGAUUCUUUCCUUUGACUAUGAGAAGAUGAAACAGUUCGAUAUUGACAUGAGCAAGGGCGCCAUAUCAGACGUGGACCUUAUCCCGCCGCCGUCCUUCAGCCAUGGGGACAUUCCAUUCACCUAUGUCUACCGUCAAAACCCAACCGUCCGCCAGUCAGUGGAUACAUCCGGCAACAUCACCACCAUCAACACCUCCCAAGCAACCAAGAUCCACACCUAUCUCCUCCCAGGCGACAUCCCCGCGGUCCCAACUAAACCGCGCGAGAACCUCGCUCCCAUCUCCACCUUCGACCCCAUUCUCCAGGAGACCAUCGCCUGCAUCGAAGCCCUCUUCCAAGACCGCCCAGCCUGGACCCGCCGCGGCCUGCGCAACCAUCUCAAAACCGCCGAACAGCGGUACGCCUUGCGCCACGCCGUGCCCUACGUCGGAUACAUCUUUCGCUCGGGUCCCUGGCGCGACGCGAUUAUCAAGUUCGGCCACGAUCCACGCACCUCCCCCGACUACCGCAUCUACCAGACCGUCAUGUUUCGCAUCCUUUCCGGCACCUCGGAGCUCUCCCGCGACGCCGGCAGCGGCCGCCGCCACACCAUCCCGCGGCCCAACGAAGUGCCCACGGGCCCCGAACCCUUCCCCACAAACACACACCUCUUCACGGGCAUCCCGCCGCUCCCGCAAGACGGCCGCAUGUGGAUGUUCUGCGACAUCACGGACCCGUUGCUGCGCGGCAUCCUCUUCCCCUCCGACCCGCCGCCAGACUUCCUGCGCGCCACCUGCGAGAUCGCUGUCGACGGCUGGUUCGGCAGCGGCACCCUGGCCAAGGCCAAGACCAUCAUGCGCGCGAAGAUCCAGAGUCUUCAGGAGGGCCGCAUGCCGGACGAGGACGCGGCGUUUGAGCGCAUCCUGGCGCUGCCGGAGCAUGCGCCGCCGGAGUCCUCGCUGGCGGAGUUCACGCUGGACCCGGUGGGGGCGUCGUCACGCGAGAUGCAGCUUGCGGCGGAUAUUCGGGCCGUGAUCAAGGGGUCAUGGAAGGGGUUGUCUGGGCUGGCUGGGGAGAAGGGGGCGGGAGGUGAGGAUGUGGCCGUUGGUCAGGCAGAAGGACCUAAGCGGGCGGCGGGCGGAAAACAAGUGCAGUGGAGAGAAGGUGUGGGUGAGGAUGAGGAGGAGAGUGAGGGGGAAGGGGAGGAGGAGGCGCUGGAGCAUGCCGAGAUGCUCGAGGCCCAGGUGAACGCAGCGGCGGAAGCAAUAGAAGUUGCUGCCACGGCGGUGGUUGAGGAAGAGGAGGCUGAGCAGGGGCAGGAGGAGUCGGAUGAGGGAGGGGACUUGAAUACAGGUAAGCCUGGGCAUCAGGGACCAUAA